CGGUAUACCGGGAAAGUCAAAACGUCAGUUUAUAAGUCGGAGAAAGUGAUGCGGAUUCGGAAUUUGCGGCGGAAAACAUUUCAUGGAUAUUGUUAGCUAGAAAAUAAUGGGCAAAUAUAUAUAAAUAAAUAUAUAAACACAUCAAACUCGUGAAGAUAGUUUUUAGAAACGCAUAAUCUAAUGUAUGUAAGGUUCAACUCUGCUUGAAAUUAGGAUGUCUGAAAACCAAAUCUGGAAGCAGAAAUAUACUCAAACGCUCGCAAUGGAUAGCAGGAACAAAACUUGUUUAUUCUGCUUAAAACAACGGCAAAUACUUGUGGACGAUUCUUCUACUGUUCGAGCAAUUAAAAAAAUGUAUAAUAUUACCGUUCCUUCCAACGGAUGUCGCAUUUGUAUAGAAUGUCAUUUUAACAUCGGACGUGUUUUUAGUUUUAAACAGACCAUCGAAGCAAGUUCAGAUUUCGAUGGCGAUGGUUGUUUUGUGUGCAAAUCGGAAAACAUAAUCGCUGAGCCAGAAGUUAAUCGAGUGGUAGAUUAUCUUACCAAACAGUGCAGUACCAUACAUUUUGGUAAUAAUGUUACAGUGAGAUCAUGUGUAACGUGUUUGUACUUACUAGAAAUUAGUAUCAAAUACGAGAAGCUGGCCAAAAACUACAAAAACGCACAACGGUUUAGCAAACAGUUUGCUUCUAUGAAAGAUUGUAAUGUAGUACUCUGGAAACUAGAUUUAGAUGGGCUGAGCAGAAUCUGCGAUGGAUUCACAAAACAGAAGGAAAAACAAAAGAGAGGACAAAAGAGAAGUCGUGGGUCUUGGGGACCGCAGGAUGAAGUGGCAAUUAAAAGAUCGAAACAAGAGGACGGAUCUGUAUUACCAGUUAUGUUGACAAAACUUACCCCUACUAUGACCCCGACAAAAGCUGGUGGGAAAAAAGGUUCUCCGCCUAAUCUAUCACCAAAUGCAUUGAAAGGGAAAGUUUCUAAGCAAAACGACAAAAUUUUCAUAAAACUUCCAAUUCCUCGGAAAUUGCAAAAGAAACAGACCAAGUUGCGUAAAAAAUACGGGACUCCCCAUUCGCCUAUCAAAUCUAUUCCAGUGUCUCCGUCCGUAGCUGCACUUAAUCAAAUCUUCGGUGUUGAACUGCGUCCCCUAUUCGUCAAAAUAGAACAUGUGGAUCUUUCUAGUUACAUGAAUAGAACGAUUGCUCACGAUUUAAACACGCGGAAUCUACGAAAACCGAGAAAAGAAGAGUUUAUAGGUCUGGACGAGGAAGACGUUGUGGAACUUCAACAAAACAACACGAGUAUUGGAAGUUCAGUUGGCAAACGAAAGAGUAUAUUGAUAACAGAACGUAUCGAAAGUCCGAAUUCUGCAAAAAAGAAGGUGAAAUUCUCCGAUUCCCCCAGCAUCAAAUAUGUGGAUAAAUUGAACUUCAGUGAUGACGAAGAUGGUGAUAAGGAGGACAACGAUGACGAGAAUGAUGCAGAUUACGAAGAAAAUAAAUUUAAGAAGAAAUGUCCCAGACCACAAAAUGGAAAUGCAUUAGUAUCAGGAAACGGAAAACUGCGGAGAGGAAGGCCAGCAAAAAAAGUCAUAAACAGCAACACAAGUGAAAAAUCAAGUGAGCAAAGUACUGAUUCAACACCAAUGGAUGUGAAUCGACAUGAGAUACAGAAAAGUAAUGAAAAUCUUAUAGUUCAUAUGGGAAACGAAGAUAAGCGGAAUACUGAAGAGAACGAGAACGGUAUUUCCGAAUCUGAUCAGAUAAAAACACCCGAGUCCGUUCAUUUGAAUGGUGAAUAUACAAAAUCACUCGAGCAAACAGAAACACCUAUCGAGGGAGCUCCUACUGAUGACAAAGACACUUUCAGUGAACGAGCUUCAUUAAAUAGUGCAGAAGAAACUGGCCCGCCUAUUGAAAGUGAUGUAAUAGGAUUAGAUGAAACUGUCACUCAGGACACUGAAAUGAAGGACCUCUCUAACGUUUCACCCGAAGACGUUGAGAUGUCAGAAAAUAAAUCUCCUCAACUGGAAGAUGUUGAAAUGGCAGAAAUUGGCAAUAAUGAAAUCACGGAGACAAAUACACAAGAAAUCAAUCAUUCCACUGGAACACAAGGAAAUUCUAUUUCUCCUCAAGGGCAAAAUUCAGUUGAUUUCUCAUCGGAUAAGGAAGAUGAAAUUGUAAAAGUAAAUUUAAAUUUCAGUGAUUUUCUAGGCGAGGAAAUUUCUGAGACAGAACAAAACUCAUCUAUUGAACAAACUGAUUCAACAACAGGCGCAUUAGAUGACGCUGACCCAGGAACAUCAGCUGAGCAAAAUAAAAUCACAAUAGAAGAAAAGGAGGAAAUAACGGCCGAUGAUAAAAUCUUGGAAGUGAAGAAUCAACAAUCAUCUGCUCUAGAUGACGUAGACGACAUUUCUGAUGAUGAUGACGUUCUAAAUCAGCUAGAUGACACGGAUGAAUCAAAACGGAAUUUAUCACCAGAUCUGUCUCUUUCGAGAGAAAAUAGUCUUUAGAAUAUGUGUAAAAAGCACAUAGAGAUUUAUAUUUCAUAUUUCGCAUCCUAAUUUGUUUAUAAUAUUUGUUUUUGUAAACAGAAAAAAACAGUGUUCUUUCAGCAUGUAAAUGCUGAAGGUGUUUUAGUGCAGUAUCGCAGUAGAGAUGCACAAAUGACAGUAAACAGUAAAAUUUACUUUUUAAUAACAUAAAGAUAUAGUACAUUGUGAAAUAUCUUUUAUAUGUCGGAUUUAUUGACAUGUAUCGGGUUGAUUGUAGAAAAGCACCAAUGAACAUGUAAAGAAAAAAUAUAUAUAUCAAAUUAAGUUUGGUCAAAUGUACUGUUUAUGUUUUCUUUUUAAAUUAGUAUUGGUUUUAUUAUAUUUUACCAAUAAAUAAUUAAAGAACUAAUGGGUGUAUCUAUUUGAUAAGCCUACAUGGACCUUCCACACAUACUAGAGUUUGUUGAAACAAUAAGUAUACAGAUAUUUAGAUAACUCAAAAUAUGUAUUUGAAGACCAUAUGAACGGAAGAAUGCAAGAAUAGGAUAAAAGUAAUUUACUUUGGAGGUCGUUUCAAGUGAUUUGCAUUGUAAAAAUAAUGAAACGGAACUCAGAUUUUCAUAUAAUAAGCCGACUGCAAGAUCCGGUAUGAAAACAUAAAAGUGUGUUAAACAAUAUAUGAUGAAAUAUUCCCAGAGAAACAUGCCCAAUCGUUUGAAAAGGUCAAUUAGUGCGAUUCCGUUCAUAUUGUCAAGCACCGUACAAUCAGAAAAAUCAUCACUUCAAUGCUACGUGAAAGGAAUGUGAUUUUUAUCCAAAUAACUUUUCUGUAAUACUUAUGUGAAGUAUAGGUGGCACAGAAUGAACUCAUGAACUCUUAGUCCACAUUUGUAUCACGUAAUCCUAUCCCUCCUACAAUUUUCGAUGUACGGUUUCCUUAGAAGAUUUGAUGUGCUGGAACACAAUCUAGGGGAAUUGUGUUUCAGUUUCGUAUUUUUGGUACACAGAAUUCGCGUAAUACCGAUUGGUCAAACAAACAAGUUGUUGAGGGUGGGUUUCGUAGAUCCAUUUAGUAAACUUAACAUUUGCUCACAAUCUUACAAUUGACAAGGUCCCAAGCGCAAAUGACGGUUUCUCUUUGUUUGCUUUUUUUCAAUAUUUACAAUCCAUUCAGUAAUCCUUCCAUCUAACACUUCACAUAGAAUAAUGACAAAAUCCACCAACUUUCGAAUUGCACUGGAAUUUGAAAAAGAAAGUAAACAAAUGCGUUAUAUGCUUUUAGCUUCAUAAUUGAAUUAAAUAUGCGUUACAGCUUUUAGCUUCAUAAUUGAAUGAAUAAGAUAUGGAAUGAAUUAAAUGAAUAGGAUGUUGAUUGCAUUUCGCUCCAACAUCCGGGGCUGAGCUCUUUUUUAUGUUUUAUUUCCAUACUACCGGUCCUUAUUACCAGUGUGAAGUGGAGUGAACGUAUCCCAAUUGGGUUUCACACGAUGACAACAAAUGAACGGUAAAUCGAGUUCAUAUGUGACGUUUAUUGGUGGUUUUUGUACAAUGGAUUACUUUGGAAUGAGAUAGAAUAUUGUAGAAUAGAACGAAAUGAUAAUGACUUAACCAAUGAGCAAACCACUGAUAGCUGUCGAACGAUGUUCAUCCAGUUUGUAUUGUGAGGAUGUAUCGUUUGUGACCUGAUGGAUGAGAUGAUGUGUGAAAGAAAUGUAAGAGUAAGUGCAUGCAAGAAUGGUAAUAAAGGCCACAGUUCCAGCUCAGGACUAACGAUCGACCAUUAGAAGAGAUAGAACGGUACCACCAUUCAUCUCAAAUCCAUUAGUCAUUUCAUAUACGAGAACCAUUAGUUAUAGUGAGAUCUGUUAUCUCUGUUUGAUAGAUUAACUUCAGAAGUAACAUGAAAUUUGGAGCAUUUGCUUCGCUAAAACAUCAGUAUUGAACCAUUUCCGAACUACUUACCUUACCUUACCUAGCAGCUAUAGGCCUGGGGUGUCCUUUGCUGUAUCAAGAAAACGUCUCCACAUAACUCGGUCCAUGGCUGCUCGUCGCCAGCCACUCAAGGCACGGAUGCUUCUGAGAUCACCCUCCACUUGAUCGAUCCACCUUGCUCGCUGCGCUCCUCUUCUUCUUGUACCAGUCGGAUUAGAU